CCAGGUCCCGAUGAAAGGAAGUCAGAAUUGCUGCCAACCAGCUGGCAGGCCAACAAGGAGCUGUACACACUGCGGUACAAGUCCACGGAUGAUUCCCGUGAGCUGCUGCUGAAGGCGAUCAUGGUGGAAGACAGCAUGAUCCUCAAUGUCAUGGACCGCAGCUCUCAGAAGGUGGCAGAUGUGACCUUGACGGUGGCCGAUUACAUCAACCCAGAGCACCUGGAUGAUUUCCACAAAGUGUACAAGAACACCGAGGAGCUGAAGACACGGAUUGUUUCGGGCAUCAUUGCUCCCUUCGGGGCCCCCACCGAAAAGGCCAAAAAGGAGCCUGAGGCUGAGAAGAAGGAUCCCGCUUUCCCCCGGGACUAUGACCCUCUCAGGGUUCCUCCCCGGCGGCCGGCAGGCGCAAGAGAGCCAUCGUGGCCUUCUCCCAUGGGCCCCUUUGCUGUUGGUGGGGAAGAUCUGGAUCCUUUUGGAGGUCGAAGUGGAGGAAUGGUUGCUGAUCCUCUCAGAUCUGGGUUCCCACGGCCUGGCAUAGAUCCAUCUUCAGGUCUCCCAAGCCGGCUUCCCCCAGGAGCAGUUCCACCAGGUGCCAGAUUCGACCCCUUUGGUCCGUUAGGGGCCAACACACCUGGGCCAAAUCCAGACCACCUUCCCCCUCCAGGCUAUGAGGACAUGUUCAUGUGAGGAGUCUGCCACAUGCUUUCCCAACUGGCUUCAAUGAGAAAAAUUUCCUGAGAAGCAGAAGUGCUUUCACCCCAUCGCU